CCCAUCUUCGUCGCAGUCUCCUGACUAAGGUAGAGGCGAACUGAAGCAAAAUGGCGGACAGGUUCUCUCGCUUUAACGAGGACAGGGAUUUCCAGGGUAAUCACUUUGAUCAGUAUGAAGAAGGACACUUGGAGAUUGAGCAGGCAUCCUUAGACAAACCUAUAGAAUCGGAUAAUAUUGGACACCGCUUGCUACAGAAGCAUGGUUGGAAGCUGGGCCAGGGUUUGGGGAAAUCUCUCCAAGGUAGGACGGAUCCCAUCCCUAUCGUGGUCAAGUAUGAUGUCAUGGGUAUGGGACGGAUGGAGAUGGAGCUUGAUUAUGCUGAAGAUGCUACAGAACGGAGGCGGGUCUUGGAAGUAGAGAAGGAAGAUACCGAAGAACUGAGGCAGAAGUACAAGGAUUAUGUGGACAAAGAAAAGGCGAUUGCUAAAGCCCUUGAAGACCUUAGAGCUAAUUUUUACUGUGAGCUCUGUGAUAAGCAGUACCAGAAGCAUCAAGAGUUUGACAACCAUAUAAAUUCCUAUGACCAUGCCCACAAACAGAGGUUGAAAGAUCUUAAGCAAAGAGAGUUUGCUCGCAAUGUCUCAUCAAGAUCCCGGAAAGAUGAGAGGAAGCAGGAGAAAGCCCUCCGGCGUCUUCAUGAGCUGGCUGAGCAGAGAAAGCAAGCUGAAUGUGCUCCAGGAAGUGGGCCAAUGUUUAGAACUACUACUGUGGCUGUAGAUGAGGAAGGAGGAGAGGAUGACAUAGACUCAGCAGCUUCCAGUAGUUGCUCCUCCUUCUCACCAGCUUCUGGGCAAGUUAUCAGUAUGUCCACAGACAAGGGUAUUACUUAUGCCAGUGGACAAACCAGUAGCAACACUGGUCUUGGGCAAGUUCCUGUCCAGGUGCAGCAAGCUGUUAGCUUGGGGGUUAAUCCUCUUAAGAUAGGUGUGUCUUUCUCAUUUGCUAAAAAGGCCCCUGUAAAGCUAGAGUCAAUAGCCUCUGUCUUCAAAGACCAUGUGGAUGAGUCCAGUACUCCUGAUGAUGAAGUCAAAAUUGAUGAGAGAUCCCAUUCAGAUUCUGGAGCUUUGGGUAAAACUGGGGAUGUUGAGGGGGCAAACAGCCCUGACCCCAAGGGAAAUGAAGAAGAGCAAGCACAUGAGAAAGAUGGAGCAGGUCUAAAUACUACACUAUCAAAAUUGAAGAAGAUGAAACGAGAUGAUGGACCGAUGGCACUAGAACCAGAGUAUUAUCACUACAUCCCCCCUGCUCACUGCAAGGUGAAGCCGAACUUCCAGUUCCUGCUGUUUAUGAAGGCCACGGAGCAAGUAGAAGCAGAAGCGCUGAGCAAGAAAGUGGCAUGUGAAAGAAAGUGGAGCAUCUCCCCCAAGAAGGUGGCAGUAACAGAAUGUGUGGCCCAUCACAAGGAACCAAGUCCCACCCACAAAAGUAGCAAAAUGGAAGAUAAAAAUGCUUCAGAAAAGGCAGUCAGUCAGGAGGGCAAACCACGCAACGUGAGUGGUUCUACAGAGUCAGAUAUCAGUAAAGAGAUUCCCUACCCUGCACCAAUUGGUAAAGAGGCCACCGAUGGGCCUAAACAUUUAACAGGGCCCUUCUUCCCAGUACUGAGUAAAGAUGAGAAUACCACCCUCCAGUGGCCUUCAGAACUGCUGAUCUUCACCAAAGCAGAGCCCUCUGUGUCAUACAGCUGCAAUCCCUUGUAUUUUGACUUUAAGCUGUCUCGUAACAAAGACACUAAAGCAAAAGUAGCAGAAAAACAGAACACCAUAACCAGCCUUUCUAAGGAGAAAAUACAGUUGGCUGAAGAUGGUGAUGCAAGCAAGUGCAAGGAGGUGGACCUUCUAGCUGGCAGCUCCACCACAGUGCCAGAAAGUAAGUCCCUGUCAGUGUGUAGCAAGCAAGAGUCCAGCCCUGUGAGCACUGGCAAGUGUGAAGGACCAGAAGACAGCAGCAGAAACAGUCUUGUUGGUCGCAAAGACAAAAUGGGGAAAUCCCACAAGCACAAGAAGAAGAAGAAGAAGAAGAAGCACAAGAAGUCCACCAAACAUAAACGCAGGCGAAAAGGUCAGGCAGAGGAGAAAAGCAAGGAAGAGGACCCAGCAGAAGAUAAAUCCAAGAAACGGAAGAAACACAAGCACAAAAAGAGCAAGUCUUCCUUUCCUGCUGAAACUGAGCGAACGCAAGGGACUGAAGAUGCUGGCUACUCCAAGAAAAGAAAGUGGUGCGCUCAAGAAUCUCAGCGAAAGUCUCUUUCUACUGAAGAAGGCAGCAGCAAAAAAGAUGACAGUGGGUCUUCUUCCCAAGAUCACAGCAACAAAAAAAUCAAGGGGGACUUGCAGCAGUCCUCAUCUGCCUCCAAGAGGUGGACUUCCACCUCAAGUUCAGUUCGCCCCAGCCAUAGAGGCCGACAGAGCAGUGGUGGCUAUGAGAGUGAUGAGGACUCGUGCCACAAGCACUUCAGGCAGAAGUCAGCCUCACAGUACAGUGAUGAUUAUGAUUCUGGCAGCAACUGUUCACAAAGUCGCUCCCGAUCGGGACGUAGGCAUUCUUCUCGAAGGUCAUCUCAGAGAUCAUACUCAUCAAGUUCAUAUGCCUCCUCUGACAACAGCCGGUAUAGCCACCGGCGGAGCUACUCGGAAGACAGCUAUAGUGACUACAGUGAUCAGUCACGGAGUCGUACCAAGCGCUCCCAUGACUCAGAAGAUGACUCAGACUAUGUAAGUUCCAAGCGCAGAUCAAAACGGCGCAAGUACUCCACUUCAGGAGAUGAUUACAGCCUGAGUAGGAGCAGGUCCCGGACCCGAAGCAGGAGUCGAAACCAUGCCAGGGGGAGGUCAAGUACAAGAAGUCGAGGUAGGACACGCAGCAGCAGUUGCAGCCAUAGCCGGAGUAAACGGCGGAGCCAUAGCCGAACAGGGCACAGCUGGAAACGGAGCAGGAGCUACAGCCGGGAGCGUAGCAGGAGCACAAGAAGCCUUUCACAAAGGUCUCUUUCAAGGAAGGGAUCCCGGGACCAUGAAAGCCCUGCUGAGAGGAGAUCUGGGCAGCGAGACUUCAUCCGGUCCAAGAUCUACCGCUCGCAGUCCCCUCACUACUUCAGAGCCAGACAAGGUGAGGGACCUGUAAGAAAGGAGGAAGCAAGAGGAGAUGAAGUUACAGGGACCAGCAGUCUCUCCCAAAAUAGUGGCAGCUCUAGCUUGGGGAGCAACUGUAAUAAUGAGGAGAAGAACUCUGCCACAGCCAGAUUCCUUCUGGAAAAAAUUCAGUCCAGGAAAGUGGAAAAGAAGCCCAGCAGCUAUGAGGACUCUCUUGCAGGGCCUCACAAGGUUGGGAUAAAGCUGAAGGAUCCCCCACAGGGCUAUUUUGGUCCAAAGCUCCCACCCUCACUAGGCAACAAGCCGGUCCUUCCAUUAAUUGGAAAGCUUCCCACAGUCCGAAAGCCAAGCAUCAAGCAGUGUGAGGAUUCUGCAUUAGAAAGAGGAGUGGAACUGGAGCUGUCAGAAUUGGAUGAAGCAACCAGUGAUGGUGGGGAGACAGCCCUGGCAAGCCAACUCCAAGUGGAGGAAACCAUGAUGAUGGGAACACAGGACAACCUUCCAAUUGAUCAGAAAGCAGAAGUGGCCACAGAGAUGGCUUCUGUUCCUCAUGAGUCACCAGUGCUCCCAGAGCACUAUGGAAGUGGUGAUCUGAUUGUGCCGCACAGCUUCCUCCCUGAUUCCAGUGAAGGUGAAGCUUUAGAGCCUUUGGACUGCGGGAAUCAGACUGCAUCCAUAGAAGGCAGGAUUGUGCCCUUGGUACCAGAUGUUGAGCACUUCGCUGGCUACAUACCACAGAGUGGAGAACCAAGCAUUAGUGGGGAGCCAGAGGGCACUGAGGAUUCCUCCCUGGCACCACUGGAGAGCCAGCCUAUCACCUUCACCCCAGAAGAGAUGGAGAAAUACAGCAAACUCCAGCAGGCAGCUCAGCAGCACAUUCAGCAGCAGCUCCUCGCCAAGCAGGUCAAAGCCUUUCCUGCUUCAGCAGCCCUAGCUCCUGCCACAACCCCAGCCCUUCAGCCCAUCCACCUCCAGCAGCCGACAGCAACUGCAGCCACCUCCAUUACUACUGUGCAGCACGCCAUCCUGCAGCAUCAUGCAGCGGCAGCGGCAGCAGCCAUUGGGAUCCACCCCCACCCCCACCCCCAGCCUCUUGCUCAAGUGCAUCAUAUCCCUCAGCCCCACUUGACCCCCAUCUCAUUGUCCCACUUAACCCACUCACUCAUCCCAGGGCACCCUGCCACCUUCCUGGCCAGUCACCCCAUUCAUAUCAUCCCUGCCUCUGCCAUCCACCCAGGUCCCUUCACUUUUCAUCCUGUACCUCAUGCUGCCCUCUACCCAACUCUCUUAGCACCUCGACCAGCUACAGCUGCUGCCACAGCGUUACACCUCCACCCUCUUCUGCACCCCAUUUUCUCAGGACAGGAUUUGCAGCAUCCCCCCAGCCACGGCACAUGAAGAAGUGAAAAAGAGGCAGUGUCUAUCAGGAGUUGUGGGGAGAGGGCAGAAGCAUGUCUGUCUUUGUGUGUGUAUCAGUCUCUCUUGCUUUCUGAAAGGAAAUGACUGACACUGGACCUGAGAACAGCCAAAGAAAGGAAGGAUUGGGCAAGGAAAGGGAGCCUCGAAGUAACAGAUCUGCGGGAGAGGGGAAAGCUUUGUUGCUAGAGGCCUGCUUGUAAGAAUUUCCAGGGGCUUGUGCAUCCAAGGAGGCAGCUUACUGACAUCUAGCAGGUGUGCCCCCCCCACCAUAAUUUUGAUGGUUAUAUUUUAAAUUGUUUUCCUUUCCACUCUGAAAACCUAAGUGGUAAUACCUAAAUUAUCUUGCAUUCAGUAUUGUGUUUAAUAUAAAGUGUGAAAAUAGUUAUUCGAGUCCACCUUAAAGCUUAAAUUGAACAAAGGAGCGAAGGGAUGUCAACACUUGGACCCAUCCCUCUGUUACCCCCCCUUCCCUGCUCCCAUUUGAGAACCACAUUCAGUACCUUGCUGAUCACCACAAACAAAAACAUGACCAGUUUCUGAUAACAGAAACGCAUGGCAGUGCUGUGCUUCCAAGCGCUGCGGAGGGAGAACAGAGAGCAAAGCCCUAUCAGUCCUUGAAGCAAUAUGUUGUACUGGAGUCCUGUGAACAUCUUGAACAUGACUCUGUGACCUUGUACCCUUUCCUCUGUAAUAUUUGGUUCCUUAUUAACUUAUGAUUUCUUUUUGAGAAGAAAAAAUGUUUUAAAAAUUGCACUGAACUCUGUAUAUGUCAAUGCUGCUUUUUGUAGCUCCUCUGACAAAUGUUCCAUAUUGGUAGUAUACCGCAAUAACACUUUUUACAGCCUGUUCUUUGAGUGGUACUUGUUCAGCUGGCUUUGGUUAUCUAUACAUUUUUAUGUAGGAAAGAAAACUUGUGUCAAAGGUUUAGCACUUCUAGUUUUGGCUAGGACACAAUAUGACUUCAUGCAUGUAUAUUUUGAGCUCAUUUUUCAAGAAAUUUUAUGUAUCGAAAAUGAAAAAAAAAUUUCAUUUUACAGGGGGAAAUGUGACAAGAUUUGGAAUAAUACAGGGGGAAAUGUGACAAGAUUUGGAAUAAACGAGGAGCAGUGAUCUGGGUCCUAAUUGUCCUGUAUAAUGACAUCUCUUGUAACUUCUGUGGAAAAGUUAGUAUGGCAACUGAGGUAUUCACUGCAUGCUGCAGUCAGUAAACUCAAACUAGGCCACUAGUUUGAGCAGGAAGUCACUUUCCAAAAAAGGGUGGGUCUCAUAGAAAACAUCCAAAGCCCAGCAAUUUUUCCUGGGAUUCAAACCACUUGUUUUGAAUCAUUGCAACAGCAUCACUUUGUGUGUGUGUGUGUGUGUGUGUGUGUGUGUGUGUGUGUGUGUGUGUGUGUGUGUUAUGUGUGUGGGAGAGAGAGAGACAUUUCUUUAUUUUUAAAUAUGUGUCUUUAUGUUUUGGAGAAAUUUUGAGAAGUGUGUUUUUGUUUUAAAUCUUUCUUGGGAUUUUCUUCUAGUUAUUAGUUGUGCUGUCCUCUCAGCUGUCCCUUUAAUAGAGGAGUUCGCUACCAGGAGAGAGAAGAAACCUCCCUAUUGCCCCUGAAAAAAUGGGGGUGGGAGGGAUUAAUAUUAAAAUCUCAGUUUAAGGACGGAGGGUGCAAGGAGAGAGGCCAAUUUCCUGCAAAGUGGUUGUUGUUUGUGACUUGGCUGUAUCCCGACCAGAUGGGCUUUGCUAGUUUGUAGGUCUGCACGCCAAAAUUGUGAAAAUAAUCACUGUUGCCUGCUGCCCUGAAAUUCCCAGGCUCUAGACCCUCUAAAUGUCCUUACACUUUGCUAGAAAAAACCGUAGCACUGGAAAAUGCUGCUCUUCUGACAAAGGGACUUGGUUGGUAGUUGCUAUGGAUAUUUAACAAGUAACAGUAUUAAUUUCUCAGUGCUUCAUUCUCUUGAGGUUCAGGUUGUAGACACAACAUCCCAGCAGGGCGCAGAUGGAGAUUGGACUUCCACAAGAGUGCUUACAACAAAGAGAAUACACUAAUACUUCAAUAUCAGCAGGCUAUAUUUAACUUUGUCACAUAUAUAUAUAUAUAUAUAUAUAUAUAUAUAUA